GUUGUGGGUGCGUGCGUAUCCUAAUUUAUGACACCUGAGAGUCUCGUGCCAUCAUUGUUUGUCCACAUUGGCGCAGUUUUUUUUUUAAAUUGCAUCACACAUGGGUUGCUUUUACAGCACAUGUUUUGAGUACCGGUAAAUGAGGAUGUCCUUAUAUGGAUGUUGACCUCCCAACAUCAUCACACUAUGCAAAUAACCUCCGCUCUUUUUGAGCCCCCUUAAAGUCAGACGAGGUGCACAUCUUCUCCAGAACGCACAGGUCAAGGUAAAAUGGUGCACUCCUUUUGUAUUGCGGCACUUUUUUGUUUGUUAUUUCCUGCAAUGGGGAAGCCGAGAAGCGAACUGAGAGACCUGCAACUUGGCGACGACCUACCAUGGUUCAUGCAGAUACAAGACAACCAGGAGCUGACCGACAAACAGAAAGUGAUGCAGCUGCUGUAUAAACUCUACAAACAGGACAACGAAAUAGUCCCGGAAGAACCUGGUAGGACGAGGGACGUGGAGGAAAAUGAGAAGCAAGGAGAACUGGAGAGGAGAGCGACUCCUCAAGUUCGCAGAGCGGGAUGCAGAAUCUUCUUCUGGAAAUCCUGGACCGCCUGCUGAUCACAAGGCUACAUUGUUGUCCGAUAUUGACGUUUAUUUUGCUCGAGUCACGUUCAUCUGCCGCUUGUCGGAAAGUCUUGUUUACAUGAUCUGAUGCUCUUAGCGUCAAUGCAAAUGCAAUCCAAGAGCUGGCAUGGCGAGUCGACUAGUAUGAUUUAUUAAUUGUGUGUGUGUG